AUGGACUCCGCAACCACGGCGGUUCCCGCAGCAUUAAACACAGAUGGUGAGGUGCCUACACAAGACACUUCCAACGGCGCCAAUUAUACCGGGGAGCCUCCCCUCAAGAAGGCCAAGCUAGACGAAACAACUUCUCCCAAAGAAACGGUUGGCGAGGUUCCCGAUAAUCGGAGGGGUAUAGCUCCGGUCAAGGCUGAAUACAUUGUCCUAAAGCCUGGACAGUCCCAGCCGACCGACUUCAACGCCGACGACGAGGCCGAGGCCGCUGCCCACGGGGAACGUGAGGACGAGAAGAAAGGGAAGAAGAAGAAGAAGAAGAACACCGGCCAGAACACCGCUCGCACAUUUGGAAAAUCACGAGAUGAGAAGGGCUUGUGUCCGAGCAGAGUGCUCACUUCAGAAUUCUCCCCGGGUGAAUGCAAAUUUGCCGACAAAUGUCGUUAUGAACACAACUUGAGGACUUACUUGAAGGAGCACAAGCGAGAUGACCUUACCACGUUGGGUGGCAUAUGUCCUGUCUGGGAUGUUCGAGGGAAAUGCUCAGCAGGCUGGAAAUGCCGAUUUGUUGGAUCCCAUAUGGCCGAACGAGAAACCGCAGAUGGGAGAAAAGAGCUGGUACUUGUUGAGGACGAGGAGCGCAAAAAGAAGGCACAACCGCUUGUUCCGCAUGCGACGGAGGAGGGUAUCGUGAACGUGGUGUCGGCAGGGGACAAGUUGGAUAUGGCAAGAAAACGCCGACAGACCCCACGCGCCGAUGCAUUCAGCACUUGGCUAGACCAGACCUCAAGGGACUUGGAAAAGAAUGUCCAUGGACGGCACCUAGACGAGAAUAAGAAAGCCGACAAUAAUGACCAGGAUAAGGAAGAGAAAGAGGAUAACAGAGCACAAUAUGUGGAACCUCCCUUCCUACCAUCCGAGAAGCGAAGGUUGUAUUUUGGGCCAGAGACCCCAGCCCUGGCACCUUUGACGACACAGGGAAAUCUGCCGUACAGAAGGCUCUGCACAGAGUUUGGUGCACAAUUCACCUAUUCAGAGAUGGCUGUCAGCAUGCCAUUGAUACAAGGGUCGAAACCAGAGUGGGCUCUCAUGCGGGCACAUGAGUCGGAGGCGCUUCCUCCAACCAUCUCCCCAGGCGACCCCAUUGUGCAAGGGUACGAUAAUUCCCAGGACAUGAAAUUUGGCGCCCAGAUUGCGGCAAACAAACCUAAGCAAGCUCUCAAGGCAACUGAGCUGCUGUCAGCAUUUACUCCAAACCUUCGCGUCAUUGACCUGAAUUGCGGUUGUCCAAUUGACCUGGUCUUCAGGGAGGGAGCUGGAUCUGCACUCCUUGACUCUCCUUCGAGGUUGGAGAAGAUGAUCCGCGGGAUGAAUGCUGUUUCCGAAAAGAUCCCCAUUAGCGUCAAGAUUCGCAUGGGAACAAAAGACAAUUCCCCUAAUGCUUUGAGAUUGGCAGAGCGCCUCAUUCUGGGAGGCUACGAGUCCAGUAUGCUUGGCUGUGGACCCUGCGGUGUGGCAGCCAUUACACUGCAUGGACGGAGCCGGCAACAGCGGUACACGAAAGAGGCAGACUGGGAAUACAUCUCCGAAACCGCCGCUCUUAUCAAGCGUCUCAAUGAGAAGAAGGACGAAGUCACGGACACAAUUCGCGAGCCUGAAGAACGUACGCAGCCCAAUGGUGGGAAGGUCUGGUUCCUUGGUAACGGUGACUGCUUCUCCCACAUUGACUACGACAACCAUAUCAACAAUGCUGGUGUAGAUAGCGUUAUGGUAGGCCGGGGUGCGUUGAUUAAACCUUGGCUUUUUGAAGAAAUCCAGACAGGCCAAUAUCUCGAUAAGUCCGCGUCCGAGCGUUUGACGUACAUUGAAAAAUUCGCCAAGUAUGGACUAGAGACUUGGGGAUCGGAUGAGUUUGGUUUGGGCCAGACCAGACGCUUCAUUCUAGAGUGGUUGAGCUUUGCACAUCGUUACGUGCCCAUCGGGCUGCUGGAAUACCUCCCUGCAAAGAUCAACCAUCGACCUCCAGGCUGGAGAGGAAGAAAUGACUUGGAGACCCUGAUGGGCAGCCCCAACUACAAGGAUUGGAUUAAGAUAAGUGAGAUGUUCCUCGGCCCAGCAACCAAGGACUUUAAAUUCGAGCCCAAACACAAAUCCAACGCUUAUGAAGCGGAAGGUUAA